AUGAACUUCAAUUUAAAGGCAGCCGGUACUUUACUAUCACGGGCUAAACAGUUUACCGAAGAAAAACUUGGCCAAGCAACUGAUAGAACAGCUUAUGAUGAAAAUUUUGAUCAUUUAUUAUUAGAAGCUGAUCGAGCAAAAGCAUGGACCGAAAAAUUAAUAUCUAAUGUUGAAAUUUUUCUUCAACCAAAUCCAAAUGAACGUCUCGAAGAUUUCAUACUAACUAAACUCGACCAAAAAACAACACAUAAACCAAAUAUAAUCGAACAAUUAGGUCAAUGCAUGAUGGAAGCAGGAAAUGAAUUUGGCCAAACAACACAAUAUGGUUCGACAUUAAUUAAAUGUGGUCAAACUCAUCAAAAAUUAGGUCAUAAUUAUAAAGAUUUUAUUCAAUCAGCAGCUAUGGGUUAUAUACAACCAUUAAAAAGUUUUCUGGAAGGUGAAAUGAAAUCGAUAACAAAAGAACGUCGAAUAUUAGAAAUGAAACGUCUUGAUCUUGAUGCUGCACGAUCAAAACAGAAAAAAAAUAAAAUGCUCAAUCGUGAUAGCACUACACCCGUAGCAAUGGCUGAUAGUUUGGAUGCCGAUGUUCGUCACGCACAAACUGAAUUUGAACGUCAAUAUCAUAUAACACGCUUAAUACUUGAUGGUUUACAAAAUGCUCAAAAUCAUCAUGUAAGUUGUUUAUUUGAUUUGAUUGAAUCUGAAUUACAAUACCAUCAAAAAUCAGUACAAAUUCUUGAAGAUUUACAUAAAAAAAUGGGCUUGUCAAAACCAAUACCAAAUGCUUCAUCAUCAUUAUCAUCAUCAUCUCGUUUACGCACUGCAAUUGUCAAAUUUGAUUAUGAUGCAUCUGAUACUAACGAGCUUAGUGUUCUAGCUAAAGAAACAGUAAAUAUAAUAUUAGAUGUUGAUGAAUCAGACUGGAUAACAGUCGAAAAACAAAUAUCAAAAGAACGAGGACGAGUACCACGAGCUUAUUUACAAAUUGAUUCAUUAUCUUCUUGA